UAGGUUGUGCGCACUGCGCACCUCCACUUUUUGUGGGUUGCAAAAUUAGUAUAAAUUAACUUUGUAUUUAUUUUUUUAUUUUCUUCAAAUAAAUUCAUUUUAACAAACCCUAGUUUUCAUAUAUUUUUUUCUGCAAAAUCGAUUCAGCUCUCAGGUUUCGAAAAUCAUCUUCUGCUCUGCUUGGUUCUUGAUGAAGCUCCUAAGAAGGAAAAAAACGGAUUUCAGGUUUGAAGAGAAAAAAGAUAGAAAUAGGGAAGUUCUACAAAGCAUUGGAAUUAAUAUAACCCUUUCUGUAGUUGUUUUGUUCUUAUGGAAUGCAUUGGAAUUUUCUGAUUAAAUUUUUAUUUAAUUUCUUGGUUGUGACAGGUUUUGGAAUGUUAGAUUAGUGAAGUUGCUGCCAACAUGAAAUUCAGGAAAGGGAGUAAAGUGGAGGUAUUGAACAAAAAGGAAGUGCCUUCAGGUGCCUGGCACUGUGCUGAAAUUAUCUCCGGUAAUGGGCACAACUACAGUGUUAGGUAUGACUCUUAUCUGGGCAUGACAAAUAAGGCGAAUGUGGAUAGGGUGUCUAGGAAGGCUAUUAGACCUUGCCCUCUCCCUGUGAAAGGUAUGGAAAGUUGGGUGACUGGUGAUGUUGUGGAGGUGUUCAAUGAUGGUUCUUGGAAAUGUGCUAUGGUUUUGAAGGUUACAUGUGCGGUUUACUAUUUGGUUAGGCUACUUGGAUCUUGCCACGAAUUUGAAGUCCACAAGUCUAACAUCAGAGUGCGACAAGCUUGGAUAGAUGACAAAUGGGUUGUGAUUGGACAGGGCUCUAUCACUUUUGAAGAUGUGAGAGUCAACAAGCUGUUAACUUCAAAUUGUCAUCAGAAGAUGAGUUUCCAGGUGCCACAAGCUGAUAUGAAGCUAAAAUUGCAAGCAGGAGAUGAUUUUUUUCAGAAGCAUGCUGAUUUCCAGGAUUCUCCUAUGGUCUCAUCCAAGACAUUGAAGAGAGCAUCCCCAUAUUGCUCCUCUGGUCUUGAAGCAUACUCUGGAAACAUUCAGAAGAUGAGAGCAAUCGAAAAUGGUGGACGCCAACGAGUGAUCACCGGGUAUUCAUCUCCAUUACGAGCAAAGGGCCAAAGUUGGAGGCAUGCAUGCCUUGCUUCCAAAGGUCUAAAGAUGAUGCGCGGUUUUCAGGCUUGCUGUGAACCGUUGAUGCGUCUUAUGUCAGAGAAAGUAAAAACAAAACUUUGACAAAGCUGGCAUGAAUUUCCUGAUGUGGAAGAAAAUGAACCCUGAGGGAUAGCUCAGUUGGUCCGGUCUUGGGUUUGCUCCCCAAUGGUCACGAGUUCGAGUCCCCUCAGGGCCACUGGAGGAUUGUCUGGUCGUUAGCUUCAGGGCUCCAUGGGAUUAGUUGAGGAUCUGAAUUAUUCAGAUUCAACAGGAUCAUAUGUUUUUUGAUUCUCAAAAAGCUUGACCUCCUUCCUAGUUAAUUGGGUGAAAGAGGACCUUGAGACACGUAUUUACAAGGUUGGGGCAGAGGUGAUACUUUCAAAUUGUAGUGAUCAUGAAAAACCUGAAAGGCAAUUCCAUUGGAUCAGUCAAUGACAAUUGGUCAGAUGAUUAAGCACAAGGUUUUUGUAUUUGUGAUUCUGAUGAUACUUUUCUGGAAAAUUUGCCAUAAGAAGAAAACCUUGAGGCUAUUAUUGGUUCAUUGAAGACUUGGUAAUAGAUGAGUUGCUGCACCUCUAUCCUAUUAUUGAGGAAUGACCAUGAAGAGGAGAUCCCUCGAUGCCUUAAGUCUUGUGAGACCGGUGGUAUAUUCAGCCCUCUUUAACUGUUUUUGAUCUGUUACAUGUUGUUUAGUCUGGAUUUUAUCUUUUCUAGUUUCUUUUUUUUCCCUGGGUUUUGGAAGGCAUUGGUGGGUAGACUGCAUUUGACUCUGUUAUCAUUUACUAUUUGUGGAAAUUGCGAGCUUCAUAUUGUCCGGCUGUAUUUUCCAUCUCUGACGCACUUACAUGGGACGGCAAUUGGGAAGAGUUGUGACGCCCAUUUCAAGGUUUCUUAAUAAAAAAAUGUCCUGCAUGUGGGUUAGUGACAAAAC